AUGAUGAUGAUGAUGUCGUCGGCGUCGGCGUCGACGCCGGCAUCGACAGACUGCAGCAGCAGCAGCAUGCAGGGCUCGACAACCAGCAGCGCCUCGAGCGAUGUCAUGACGCUGACCACCACGGCGGCCUCCUCGUGGUGCGCAAUGCCGGCUAGCACGCGGCUGCGCGUGGUGCGCCUGGUGCGUCCGCAUCAGCGCCGGCUGCUGGUGGUGCCGGAGCGCAGCGCCACGUUCGGGUUUGCGGUGCGCGGCGGCAAGGAGCACGGCAUCGGUUUCUUUGUCUCGCACGUCGAGCAUGGCGGCGAGGCGCAGCUAAAGGGAUUGCGCAUCGGCGACCAGAUCUUGCGCAUCAACGGCUAUCGACUGGAGGAUGCGGUGCACAAGGAGUUCAUACAGCUGGUGGCCAGCCAGGAUCGGGUCACGCUCAAGGUGCGCGGCGUGGGCAUGCUGCCAGUCAAGGAUCAGCCGGAUGAGCGGCUGUCGUGGAGCGUGGUCAAGCUGCCCAGCGUGAGCGGCACGCCCUCGGAGAGCUCGUUCAAGGCGUCGACGGAACGGCGCACGGCCAGCCGGGACAUCAAUGUGGUGCUGCAUGUGGCGCCACGCACCAAACUGGGCCUGGGCAUCUGCAAGGGGCCCGAGUGGAAGCCGGGCAUCUUUGUGCAGUUCACCAAGGAGCGGAGUGUGGCACGCGAAGCGGGUCUGCGGCCGGGCGAUCAAAUCCUGAGCGUGAACAGCAUCGACUUCUCGGAUGUGCUCUUCAGCGAGGCCGUCGCCGUGAUGAAGGGCUCAAGUAAGCUGGACAUGGUGGUGCGCACCGCCGCCGGCUGUGAUCUGUUUCCCGGCGAGUCCAGCGGCUACAACAGCUCCGCCAGCUCCGUGACCGGCGAUCAGAGUCCCUGCUGGGCGGACGCCAAGUCCAAGCGCCUGACCGCAGUGCGCGAGGAGCCCAGCCAAGCGGCCGGCGCCGUCCACGUGCACAAGCAGCUCAACAAGACGAUCAUCAAGCUGACCGAGAACGGCACCUCCAUCAACAGCACCUACAUAGCCAAUGCCAAUCAGCAGCAGGAGCAGCUGUCGGUUAGCCGCAGCACCACAAUGCGACGCAGCUGCUCGGUUUCAGCGCCAGCUCCACCGCCGCCAGCGGCAGCAGCGCUGAGCAGCGGCAAUGCUGCCGCGGCCGGAGGAGGAGCAGGAGCAGGAGCUGGCGCCAGCAACAGCAGCAGCCUCUCCAGUGCCAUAAACGAGGAGCUCAAAAAGCGCAAGGAGAAGCAACAGCAGCAGCAUCUGGUGGGGCAGCGGAGCAGCUGUGGCAGCCACUUGAGUCGCGAUCGCGAUCGGGCCAGAGAUCGCGAUCAGCGAACUGAAGAUCGGCCGCACAAUGGCGCCGGCCGCGGCAACGUUGCACAAGUGUCGCACAAGCGGGAACGCAACACAAGCGCUGCCGGUGCAGCGACUGCGACGUCGACUUCGACUGCGACGUCGACUGCGGCUGGCGUUGGCGAUCAGCACACUGCGCUGAUGGAUGAAUUUAAGCGCGCGCAUCAGCGCAUGUUCAGGAACGGGUUCCAUGAGAGCGAGCACAAGUUAAGCACAACAAGUAGAAGAAGAACUAGUCAGAACUCAAUAUCCGUCAUCCGAGCCAUGAGUUUGCUACGUCCCAAAAAUGUGGGCGGCAACAGCAAUGAGGGGCGUGCCAGCGAUAUGCCCACCAUGCGACCAGUCACCAUGGGCCGCCCCCUGGUGACCAUGUCCACCUACGAGGAGCGCGGCGAGACGCUGAAGCGCACCUCGAUUAUGCCCGAUGAUAGCUGCUAUCGCAACAACAACAGCAACAACAGCAACAACAACAACAGCAACAACAACAACAGCAACAACAACAAGAGCCACAAUAAUAUUGGUAACAAUAUUGCCAACAACGGAAGCAAUCGCAUGUCGCUGCUUAACGGCAGCAACAACUACAACAACAACAAAAGCAACAUCAACAACAACGUGAAUGGCACGCCGGAAUUGCCGCCGCCGCCGCCGCAGUUUGCCAAUCCUCAACAACAGCAGCAGCAGCAGCAGCCGCCGCCGCCGCCGCAGCAGCAGCAGCAGCAGCAGCUGAAGCUGAACAUAGCGAAUGGCGCCAGGAGCAAGCAGCUGACGUCUCCGUUGUCGCCCGUGCGCAGUCCCAGCAUCAAUGUGGGCGGCUUGCGCGCGCCAGCCACGCCCCAGCCGGACUACGAGGCAGCCAGCGUGCAGCUGCGCAGCAAUGGACAGCCAGCAGCAGCAGCGGCAGCAGCAACAACAACUGGCAGUCAGCAGCAGCAGCAGCAGCGACUCACGCUGCGGCAUGGAGCGGUUACCAUUGGCGAGUACGGGGAGCAGCGGGGCAAGCGUGAGACGCUGCGCAAGAUGCCAGCGAAUGCGAAUGCGAAUGCAAAUGGCAGCGUCCAGACGAACGGCAUACUCAAGAAUGGCAGCCGCAGCAGCAACAGCUUCGGCAGCAGCAGCAGCAACAACAACAACAAUAACGGCAGCAGCGGCAGCGGCAGCAACAACAAUGGCCGCCAGCAGAUGCAGCAGCCGGAGAAGUCCAUUAAAUUUGGCAACUGACUGUGGGCGGCAAAUUAGCUGUAAAACAUUUGUGCAAUAUGCUUAUGGUAGGCGUGGCCGCCACCUGCCCACAUGCUUAGUACAAAGAGACAUCAGGCGGAGCGGUUGAUUUUACAUUAAUAUAUACUUUUUUUUUUUUA